GGCUGAGAUUAGUCAGGUGGCCCAUUUACGGAAGUGCGUUCGCCAUUCAAUGUGUACCGAUGCUGCGUAGUUGACCAAAUAACAGUUAUGGAACAGAAUGAUAGCAGCAGCCUAGCCCAGGUUCGCCAUGUGAUCUUGGUUCUGUCCGGAAAAGGAGGUGUGGGGAAGAGCACUAUCACCACCGAGCUAGCUCUGGCACUGAGGCAUGCUGGCAAAAAGGUUGGCAUCCUGGACGUCGACCUGUGCGGCCCGAGCAUCCCGCGCAUGCUGAACGUGCAUCAUCAAGAUGUCCACCAGUGCGACUCGGGCUGGGUGCCCGUGUAUGCCGACGCGGAGAAAAACCUAGCUCUCAUGUCCAUCGGCUUCCUACUGGACAACCCGGACGAAGCUGUGGUGUGGAGGGGGCCCAAGAAAACAGCAAUGAUUGGUCAGUUUGUGUCAGACGUGGCAUGGGGCGAGUUGGAUGUCCUGCUGGUGGACACGCCGCCGGGGACAUCUGACGAGCAUUUGGCCAUCUUGGAGAACCUCAAGAAGCACAAAGUAGUUGACGGGGCGGUUUUAGUCACCACCCCUCAGGCGGUGUCAACGGGGGAUGUCAGGAGAGAGGCGACUUUCUGCAAGAAAACUGGAGUGCGGAUCCUCGGGAUCGUAGAAAACAUGAGCGGCUUUGUUUGCCCGCACUGCUCAGAAUGCAGUAAUAUAUUUUCCAAAGGUGGUGGUGAGGAGUUGGCCAAACUUACCGGAUCACCUUUCUUAGGUUCGGUGCCUUUGGAUCCUCAGCUGAGCGCAAGUGUGGAGCAAGGCAAGGACUUCCUCAAGUCAUUCCCAGACAGCGCCACCUUCAGUGCCAUUAGUGGAAUUACUAAGACUCUCCUUAACAGCCUUCAAACCACCUGAAUGAAAAGUUUAUCCCAGUGUGUUAAAACUAAAAAAUAAACAAGAAUUUAUGAA